AUCACCAAAAAAUAAACAGCAAAAGUCAAAUAAAAGGAACCCAUUUUUACCUUUGAAAUACUCAUUUUUGCAUUAAAAUUCAAAGAUUCUGAAUUGGGUAAGUGCUAAAAAUUAGAAAAAAAAAGAUAUGAAUUCCAUAAAGGAUACAGUUUCUGAGAAGCUUUCACGUCUUUUUUCUGAUUCUCCUUCUAAAUCUUCAGAUCAACAACCUCAGGCCAGGCCAUACACCAAAGAGGGAAGAUCUUUAUCAUCUGUACUUUCUAUCUUUCUUCCGUCAAUGAGUUUUAGUAAGUUCAAAGAUGAAGAUGAUGUCAAGUCGCUUCGAUCACAUUCUUUUACGUGGAGAUGUAAAAGUUUCUCAUGGCGUGAUAGACCUUUGGAGAGAUACGCAGCAUGUGAUGAUCAUAAUGAUCACACAGAAGAAGGUGAAAAUGGCUUGAUCAGGAGUUCAAUUGGUGUGUUGAACGAAUCGUUCUAUACACCUAGGUGUAAUGAAGAACCUAAUUCUGCAAGGAGUGUCGCCAGUGGUUUUGAACCUUUCGAAGAUGCAUCUGAUGGAGGCAGUUUAGAGCAGUCCAUGCCUAAUCUCGUUGAUGAUUCUGUUUUCAUUUCUCCGGACUUGUAUGAUUUUUUCCAGUCUUAUCUCCCUAAUAUAGUGAAAGGCUGUCAAUGGUCCUUGUUGUAUAGCACCGCGAAACAUGGUAUAUCACUUCGUACGCUAAUUCGCAUGAGUGCUAAUUCUUCUGGUCCUUGCUUGCUGAUUACCGGCGAUAAACAAGGUGCUGUAUUUGGUGGGUUGCUUGAGGCACCACUCAGGCCUACCGCGAAGCGAAAGUACCAAGGAACAGUUCAGUCAUUUGUAUUCACAACUGUAUAUGGUGAACCAAGGCUAUUCAGACCUACAGGUGCCAACAGAUAUUUUUACUUAUGCAUGAAUGAAAUCCUGGCACUUGGAGGAGGUGGACAUUUCGCGUUAUGUUUGGAUGGAGAUCUGUUAUCUGGUAAUAGUGGACCUUGUGAUACGUUUGGGAACUUAUGCUUGGCACAUGAUGAAGAGUUUGAGUUGAAAAAUGUUGAGCUGUGGGGUUUUACACAUGCAUCUCGAUACCUCACCUCGUAGUAAGCUGGAAAUGUUAGUUUUUGUGAUUUAUCCGAUAAAAUUUAGAAAAGUGAUUAUUUAUUCUUUGAUGUCCAAGAAGCAGUUUGUCUCCAUUUUAAUUUUGGAGAGUUUCUGGUGUACAAGUUGUAUCAAGAAAUGAGAUUCUUUAGUUAGUGUAGAUUUAAGUCAGCUGAUCAUUAUGCUUAUAGGUACUUAUUCUUCUUGUUUAUGACAUAAACAUUUCAAGUUUU